GAAGUUCAGUUCCGCAGAUGUUGGAAUGGUUUUCGGUAUCCCAUCCGGCAACCGAGAUGUGCUUGGACCCGACGGAAACAUUAACGAAGAGUCAAUUUCCUUCAUCAAGAAAACCUUAGGGAUGGACCUAGCUUCUUCUCACAGCCUGCGGUCGGCGGAAGCGUUCCUCAAGAGAGACAUCACAGAUCAAUCUAGCAAGAUUGAGAAGGAAUGUUUCCAGAUAGCAUUUGUCAUUUUUGUGAUGGGUCAUGUUCUAGCUCCGUCCUGCAAACACGACUACAAGACCAUCGAUUUCUGGGGUGCACUUUCAAAAGCCGAGAACAUUCCUCAAUUCAAUUGGUGUGACUAUGUCAUGCAAUGCUUGCUUGAUGCUGUAACUAAGCUCAAGAUGGAUAUCAAGAACGGAGUUAGUACUACAAACCUCACAGGAGGGCACCUAUUUCUGCAGCUCAGAGACCCGUCCACAGUAUGUUACUCGCGAAGCAGGCCUCAGAAAGAGCCUGUCACACCAUCCAUGUCAGCUCCUCUAGCAAGCAACAACCCGUUGUCGCAGCACCAAGCAACAGCCAGAAAGACUGUCCCAUGCAGGCCGCCAACCAAUGCUAAUCAACAGUUAUCCCCUGCCAUUUCCCCCAGGCAAUUGUCCGCACUGGAUUACUCUAACCAUACCGCACGACAUUUUCCACUCGUGUCAAAACAACCAAUUGCCGUCCUCCUAUGUGAACAAAAUGCGAGAGCGAUCCGUCAUGUGACCACUGCACGACACAACAUACAAACUGACAUGGUGAACUUCACAGACAAGCUAUUCACCGCACUUGCAGCCAACUGCACAUGCUGUGCUGCCAGGGGGUUCUCAGACUGUCCACUCCAGUUUGUUAAUGAUAGUGCAACUCCGAAAGCACAUACGGUACAGCCAGAACAUUCCCACCCUAGCAGUUCCAACAACAUGUCCAACUUCAACACACCAGUCUCUGACAAAAUACAAGGUGUCCGACUUCAACUAUCUGAUGAUGAAGAGAGCUCCUCACAGAGACAGAGAGUGCUGAAGCGUCCAAGGUGCUCAGGAUCUAGUUUGGUGAAGGCACAAACGUCCGUUCAGAAAUGCCCUGUCAUCCACGACACCAAUGAUUCAUCAAUGAACGAAGAAAUUUGCGCAGCAGAUCAAAAAUAUGCCCGCUGCAUUUUAGCAUCCAUCAAGGACAUAUAUGCCGAUUGCAUUGGGAAUGAGUUAUCAUCUGUUAUAUUUGGCGUCAACUGUGCAACCAUACCCAAAAGGAAGAUCCUCACGCAGCUACGCAUCCAACCCUUGGUUUGCAGGGCGUCCGGUUGUCCCAGGACCAACUCACUCCACAGAACUUCUUGAGGUUCACUUCUCAUCUCUGCCAGUCAAACACAUUGCUAGGAACUGGAUAGUACACAACGACCCUAGGUUGGUAAGGAUUUCCAGGAAGGAUUUGCAAGAGCAGCUGCUAGGAGCAGCAAUACUUGACCAUGAACUAGGAUGUGUUAUUCUACGCCGCCUGAAGCACCCAUUGUCGUCUGAUUGUGACCAUGACCAUGACCAUGAACUAGGAUGCUUGACAAUGAGUGAUUGUGCUCAACCCGGUGCUCUGUGAUGUACCACCCAUUGUCGUCUGUUCUCAACAAACGGAUCAUUGCUGGGCAUU